AUGGCGGAAUUCGUACGAUCCCAGAUCUUCGGCACGACCUUCGAGAUCACUAGCCGGUAUACGGACUUGCAGCCGGUAGGCAUGGGCGCCUUCGGGCUUGUCUGCUCGGCGCGAGACCAAUUGACCGGCCAGCCGGUCGCAGUGAAGAAGAUCAUGAAGCCCUUCAGCACCCCGGUCCUCUCCAAACGUACCUAUCGUGAGCUGAAGCUGCUCAAGCAUCUGCGACACGAAAAUAUCAUCAGCCUGAGCGACAUUUUCAUCUCUCCCCUCGAGGACAUCUACUUCGUGACCGAGCUUCUGGGAACCGAUCUCCACCGCCUCUUGACUUCUCGCCCGCUAGAGAAGCAAUUCAUUCAAUACUUCCUCUACCAGAUCCUCCGUGGAUUGAAAUAUGUCCACUCCGCCGGUGUGGUCCACCGAGACCUGAAGCCUAGCAACAUCCUCAUUAAUGAAAACUGCGACUUAAAGAUCUGCGAUUUUGGUUUGGCCCGAAUUCAGGACCCGCAGAUGACUGGCUAUGUUUCAACAAGAUAUUAUCGCGCCCCCGAAAUUAUGCUCACCUGGCAAAAGUACGAUGUGGAGGUGGAUAUCUGGAGUGCUGGCUGCAUCUUCGCUGAGAUGCUGGAAGGGAAACCGCUCUUCCCCGGAAAGGACCAUGUCAACCAGUUCUCAAUCAUCACUGAGCUGCUGGGUACACCCCCAGAUGAUGUGAUUCAAACCAUCUGCAGUGAGAACACUCUGCGAUUCGUCAAGUCCCUUCCUAAGCGCGAGCGCCAGCCUUUGGCGAACAAGUUCCGGAAUGCCGAUGCUGAUGCCGUGGAUCUGCUCGAGCGGAUGCUGGUGUUUGACCCGAAGACGCGGAUUCGUGCGGACGAAGCAUUGGCCCACGAAUAUUUGGCCCCCUACCACGACCCCAACGAUGAACCCGUUGCGCAAGAGAAGUUCGACUGGUCCUUCAACGAUGCCGAUCUGCCGGUGGAUACUUGGAAGAUCAUGAUGUACUCGGAAAUUCUCGAUUUCCACAACAUUGAACAAGGGAACGAGGCGGGUCAGGCUCUGGUCGCGGGUGCAGUGCAGGGCAACGGCCCACCCCAAGCCUACGCAUAA